AUGGGCUUCACCGACCUCCUUACCGAUGCUGGAGCUUCCGUGCUCAACAACUGGUUGAGCACCCGCUCUUACAUUACUGGCCAGUCCGCCUCUCAGGCUGAUGUCGCUACCUUCAAGGCUUUGACCAGCUCCCCCAACGAGGAGAAGUACCCCCACGCUGCUCGAUGGUACAAGCACGUUGCCAGCUACGAGAGCCAGUUUGCCACCCUCCCCGGUGAUGCUUCCGCUCCCUACACCACCUACGGCCCUGAGACCGCUGAGGUGACCAUCAACCCUGCCCAGGCCCCCGAGAAGGAGGCUGAGGCUGGCGACGAUGACGACGUCGACCUGUUCGGCAGCGACGACGAGGAGGAGGAUGCCGAGGCUGUCCGCGUCCGCGAGGAGCGUCUGGCUGAGUACCGCAAGAAGAAGGAGAACAAGCCCAAGACUGUUGCCAAGUCCGUCGUCACCCUUGACGUCAAGCCUUGGGAUGAUGAGACCGACAUGAAGGCUCUUGAGGAUGCUGUCCGCGCUAUUGAGAAGGAUGGUCUUACCUGGGGUGCCUCUAAGCUCGUCCCCGUCGGUUUCGGUGUCCGUAAGCUCCAGAUCAACAUGGUUGUUGAGGACGAGAAGAUCUCCGUCGCCGACCUUGAGGAGGAGAUCCAGGAGCUCGAGGACUACGUCCAGUCCACCGACGUUGCUGCUAUGCAGAAGCUGUAA